GUGGCGACGUGGAAAACAUGGAGGACAGUAGUAUGUAGAGUAAACUUCACUGACUAAAAUACGGCACAAUUUCAGACAUUUGUCACGGUUAAUGGCACUGGGUAAACAGACGGGCAGAAACUGCAGAUUAUCGUCAAGAAACAUUUGAAUCUCAACGGUCGCGGGAGUCAACGGAGCCACGGAAACUGCGAGAAGCAUUUAUGACAGAAGUUGGCAUAUGCCUGUUGAACGAGCAGUGAAGAGCGGUGAUUCUGGCUGAGUGGAGCCAGUCAAAAUGGGAGCGAACACCAGUCAGGUCAGUGACCUGUCCGAUAACCCCAGCCUCAAGGCCCUGGUGGGCACGGAGUCCAUAUCGGAGAAUGACCCUUUCUGGAACCAGCUCAUCUCCUUCACCUUCAUCAGUCCCACCUGCAGCGGAGACUCCAAGUUGCUGGAAGAGGCUGUGAUUCCACUAGCCAAGACGUUCAUUGAAAACAACCCCAGGACGGGGAACUUCGGUGCUCUUGUGAGAGUUUUCCUGGGAAGAACCAAAGAGCUGAAAAUCUCCACAGAAUGCCAAGAUCAGCUGUUUAUCUGGCAGGCCCACAACGCACUGUUCAUGAUUCGCUGCCUUCUCAAGGUGUUCAUCAGGGAGAUUAGUGAGGACGAGCUGCACCUACAGUUCUCCUACCAGGAGAGGGCACCAGGCUUCUGUGGAGAAACGGGGAGCGAGGACCUCCUUGAGGAGCUGUUGUCCAACCUGGUUCACCUGAUUGUCGAAGUCCCCCUGCUGGACAUCACCUACAGCAUCCUGUUUGAAGCCGUCACCACGCUGCUGGUGUUCUUCUCCUAUCAGCUCUUCCACAAAGACAUCCUCCGAGAUGGAUUAAUCUACCAACACGUCAUGAAGGGACGAUGUUUGUGUUUGACCAGUCGCCUGGUGAAGACCCUGCUCUACAAUUUCAUCAGACAGGAGAAGUGUCCCCCUCCUGCAACCCACAUUUUUGAGCAGAAGGCCGAAGGCGGCUUGCUGUACGGACUGGCAUCCGGGGUGGCAAGUGGUUUGUGGAACGUCUUCACGUUGGGUGGAGCUGGCGCCAGAGCCGGAUUAGACCAGGAACACAACCCUUUACCUUUGUCCAAUCAGAGCCUCCUGUUGCUGUUGGUACUAGCCAAUCUGACAGAUGGACCUGACUGGCCCAACCCCUACCGCCAGGCGAUUACUUGCUUCAGAAACACGCAAGACACAUCAUCGCUGCCCGCGGAGCAGCCUCACACUUUCCAGAUCAAUUUCAACAGCCUGUACACAGCUCUGUGCGAGCAGCAACGCUCUGACCAGGCCACGCUACUACUGUACACCCUGCUGCACCAGAACGCCAACAUGAGGACGUACAUGCUGUCAAGAACUGACAUGGACAAUCUGGUGUUGCCCAUCCUCGAGAUCCUUUACCACGUGGAGGACAGAAAUUCUCACCACGUCUACAUGGCCCUCAUCAUUCUGCUCAUCCUCACGGAGGACGACGCCUUCAAUCGCUCCGUACAUGAGGUGGUAUUGAAGAACGUCCCGUGGUACACGGAGAGGUCGCUGACAGAGAUCUCGCUCGGGAGCUUGCUCAUCCUGGUGGUCAUCCGUACCAUCCAGUUCAACAUGACGCGGACGAGGGAUAAGUACCUGCACACCAACUGUCUGGCUGCGCUCGCCAACAUGUCGGCCCAGUUUCGAUGUCUCCACCAGUACGCUGCCCAACGCAUCAUCAGUUUGUUUGCUUUGCUUUCCAAAAAGCACAACAAGGUUUUGGAGCAGGCAACACAGUCUCUGAGAGGCAGACAGGGAGACAACACAGCCUUGCCAGACUAUGCCCAGGACCUGAACGUGAUUGAAGAAGUGAUCCGCAUGAUGCUGGAAAUCAUCAACUCCUGCCUGUGCAACUCCCUGCACCACAACCCCAACCUGGUGUACGCGCUGCUCUACAAGAGGGAGCUCUUCGAGCAGUUCAGGACGCACCCGUCCUUCCAAGACAUCAUGCAGAACCUGGACACGGUGCUCGGUUUCUUCAGUCAGCGUCUGGAGCAGGCCGGGAGUGACCUGUCGGUGGAGAGGGUUCAGGAGGUCAUCAUGAAAGGAGCCCAGGCCCUGCCGAAAGACAGACUGAAGAAGUUUCCUGAGCUCAAGUUCAAGUACGUGGAGGAGGACCAGCCGGAGGACUUCUUCAUCCCGUACGUCUGGUCCCUGGUCUUCAACUCUGGAGUCGGCCUCCACUGGAGCCCACAGGGCAUCGAGCUGUUCAGCAUGGACUCUGGCUGAUGGACGGCUCGCGCGUCCCCCGUUCAGUAGAGAAAAUAAGACUUUGAGAGUGUGUGUGUGUGUGUGUGCGUGUGUGUUUCGGGUGGCCACGUGUGCAUCACCCUUUCUAGUACGUGCGCGCUGCUUUGAAAAGUGCCUCGACCUUGUACAGGAUGGCGUUUCUUUUUACGCAGCACAACCUCUUUCCGUCUCACAUCUUAAUAAUCCCUCCGCUUCUACACUGUGAAGCUUCAUCCGUGUCCGUGGUGAACGCCCCUUUUUUUUUUUUUUUUUUUGCAUUUCGAGCGCGCUUCUGUUCCGUAGCGAGGAGCUGGGGACGCCGGCGAAGGAUAAUCUCACGUUUCUUUCUUGCUUACACAGAAAAAGGUCAAUUAAAGCAUGUGCGCCCAAGUGUUACGCCGCUCUGGUCCAUUUACCGCUGCACUGAAUGCUGAAAUAAAAUAACUCCAACUUUGUAUUCAAAGCAAGCAACGUGUCUCCGAAGACGCAGCAUACAUUUAAUUAAACACCCUUUUAUUAUACUGCGUUUAAAUAUGAUUAUCUCCUGAAUUAGUUUUUUCUUUUUUUGACCGCACGUUGUUCUAAGGGUACAGUGGGUUUCUAUAACGGCUUUAUGUUUGUGAAUUUAAGUUAGAAAACGGGUCAGAGAGUAAAACAAUAAUCUGCCACCGACGCAAAGUGUCGCGUUCCCUGUUCGUAAUGUCCCUACGUUGUCGUUUGUUCAACUACCCACGUUCGAGUACAGUUUAAUUAAAGCUUCAUUUGGGUCCCUGGCUAAUAUAAGCAGCCCGAUUCGUGUGAUUUCAUUGUUGCUUCCAGCUCAUUUGUUUGACUUCACCCCGCCUUUGUCAUUAGCAUUUUUCCUCAUGGUAACCCAAGGCAAAUACUUAAACUAGGACAGUCAUUAAACCUCUUGUCCCAUUGUGCAUAAUUACACUUGUCUCUUUAAUAUGUUUCUUUAUUUGCAUGUUUAACUAGAGACUUAAGUUAUUUAUUUCCAUGUAUAUUAUUUUUAUAUAUAUAUAUAUAUGUAUGCACCGCCCCCAACAUGUUAAUGGUAGCAGUACUGAAGUGACUACCGCUAAAUAAAAAAAGAGGAAAAAUACAACUGUACUAUUCUUUGGUUGUUCCCAGGUGGGAAACUUGCUUUAUAUUAUGAUAUGACAACGGCUGUCAUUUCCUGGUAAAGAUUUCUUUGAAAAUAGGAGUUUAAAUAAAAAUAUGAAAUCGAA